AUGACUGGUGUUCAAGAAUUUUCCUGUAGGCUUUGCCUUAAAACUGUUAUCGUUAAAAGUUUUGAAGUAAUAGAAAACGUUAUUAGAGAUAUUCUCGAUGUUCUUUUGCUGAAACUGAAAUUCGAUGAUGAGAGCAAAGAGGUUAUAUGUAAAGCUUGCAGAAGAAAAUUAUAUGCAGCAUUCGAAUUCAAGUCGAGGUGUCUGAAUACCGAUAACACAAUUAUUCCACAUGUGGAUUGCGAAAAAAUGUUACAGCUCGACAUAAGAGAAGUGUACAGAAAAGAAAAGGGAAGCAAGUCAAUUUCCGAUAGUGAAAAAAUAUGUCGAUUGUGUAUGAACUUGGUAAAAAGUGAGUUUAUGUGCAUACGUGAAGAGGAACUCGAAGCUAUUCAAAAAUUGACUCCUGAAAUGAAUAUAAAUAUCAUCAAAGAUCCCGUUGUAUGUAAGGAAUGUUUUGAUUCCCUGUGCACCCACAACAGUUUCCUUAGAGAAUGCCUAGAAGUAGAGGAAAAAAUUAGAGAUGCUUAUGAUAACUCAGCCACAAAAAGUCAAAUAGACACGUCACCAUCUGAUUUAUUUGUUACGACUGAAAACCUGGACAAAGACUUUGAUAUGAGCGAGAUGGAAUUUUCGAUCAAAACUGAAUGUGUCGACAUAAAAUCUGAAGAUGAGGAAAGAAGUGAUGCGCCACUGCAGACCUCUAAUAAUGAACCAUCGGAGAAGAGUGAUUGUAAAGUUGCGGAAGAGGAUGGAUGUAAAAAUGAGAAUGGAUCGGAAAACAAGUGUAAUACGAAAACCAAGCAGGAGUGCAAGGUAUUGUACAAAUGUGAUAAAUCUGUUUGCCAAACUGGAUGCAAGAGCCAUUUUACAACACACUGUGCGAGAAACGAGAACAAUUCGGAAGAAUAUAAAUGUGAAUCCUGUGAAUAUGAAACUGAUAAUAAGAAAUUACUUCUAAACUGCCCCUUGAGGCAUAAAGACCCCUUACAGUUCAAAAUGUACGGGUGUAACGUCUGCGGCUACGAAACUAAAUACAAGUUCAAAUGUACAAGUGUAAUUACUGCGAUUAUAAAACCAGAUAUAAGAAGAGUAUAA